CCGGUGGUGGGAUCGGACCACACAACCGUUCCCCGACCACGUACGACCAGGCCCCUAUAAAAGGGCAACUCUGACCACCGAGAUCUUCAGUGUUAACUCACUUACCUUUACCAGUCCGCGUCUUUACCGACCCGUCUCCCGUGCCCACUCUGCGGCCGCUGUCUAUCCGACUUGUCGUUACACUCCGUCCCCGGACGGAUUGUAUUUUUUCCUCGCGUUCCCCGAUCCGACUUCUGAGUCUCGUCGAGAACAAACACUUCGGUGUUUUUCGUGCUCCGAGACUCUCGAGUUGCUCCGGUUUCUCGGCUAUCCCGAUUUUUUUUUUUUCGGCCUUUUCGAUUUAUUUCGACUUGUUGCCAAAUUUUUUCGACUCUUUUUCGAUUUUUCACAUAAUCACCGAUUUUUGCCCUUUACAUUUUUCCAACACGAUUUUCGUGUUCCGUCUCUAACACUUGUCGCUUUUGCUACCUGGCCAACUUCGACAAGAUGCUCCGAAACAUGCUGCUGAUGUUCAUCUUCGCCGCCUUCGUCGCAACGUCUUCUCAGGUGUCUUACACCCAUCAAGAUUUUUGCCCUUAUUUUGGAGGACUUGAUGUGAAAAAUGAAGCAGUCGUGUUGGCAGGAGCUCAUGACAAUGUAAUCCCUGGAGGAUGUAUCUCGAAAGAGCUCGUACCGAACGGUGCCUUCGGCGACUAUCGGUUAAAUGUGUGGCUUGGCUUGAAACCAACAGACGGAACGUUUUGCAAUAAUACUGAUAAAAUGGACUUUUUCCAGUUCAGCUGCAUAUCCAGCUGGUAUGGCGACGCCGAUAAAGGACAAACUAUUAUGUUUGUAAGGCUUUAUGAUCGAGCUGCUAGACAUGGACGAAUGGCUGCACGAUGUGCUAUUUAUCAAAAAUUCAAUAGUGGAAAAAACGCAUUGCUAACUAUAGCCCUCGAUGACGAUAUAAUGUGCAAGGAUCUCGGAGAACAUCAAAACAAUUUCGAACAUAUGACCUUUUCCUUGAAGAGCAACUGGACUGAUCAAACUGUGGUACUGUUUUUGAAUAUGGGGGAAUAUUCCCCCAUUUCAAACGCUUUAUCUGUUGAGAAAUAUACCAAGUCAAAACCAAAAUUAAGGAUUGGAGAAAUAAACAAGAAAAUGAAUACUGAUGAAACUUUAGAUAACGUUAUUAGACCUCGUGAGGUUCUUGAUUUUUCUAAAAGACUUAAAAACGAUACCAACAACGAUGUAUUGAUGAAUUCAAGAAGUCAGGAUAUUACUGCACACCACGUAUUGACCAGAUCUCGAAGAGCCGCUAAAGGAUAUAGAUUCCCGGAAUGGGCACAAGGAUGCUGGACGAAUUUAUGCAUUAACGAUGAUACGGCAACCUUUGAUACAAGUGUUUUGUAUGAAAGUGAUAUUGACGAAACUGAAGAUCAAGAAGUGACAGAUGGAAAUGUAGAUAAGUCAGGAAAUCCACAAAAAGUGCGUCGAGAUACCAGUAAAAAAAUUAAGAACACCGAUGACCCAAUUUUUCCACCAACACCUCCACCAUCUCCGCCACGAUCUCUUCCAGUUGAAAAAAUAUUCAAUGCGCCCAGAAGAACCCAACGAUCGAAGAGGGCCCCAUGCUCCGGAGAUGCUACAACUCCAAAGUCUGUAUCUACGACAGGCGCCUUUCCGGUCAAGUUUAGAGAUGAAGAUGAUCCUAUAGAUGGCUUCAACUCGGGUAAAAGAGAGGUCGACAUUGAAACUGAUAUGGAAGACGAAGAAGCAUUAUUGAAAGCCAUCAAGGACGAAGAAUUAAAGGACAUCACUAUUCUCACGGACAGUUGGAAUGCUGUUAAAGCCAGGAAAGGAAAUGAUAAACGAUUACCUACAGCGGGUGAAUUUGUACGAGAAGCUGUCUCCAGGGGGAUGCCGAUGACCAAGGCUUUAGAAAAGUGGCAAACAGUAUUACGAUUAAAUCGCAUGUGGGAAUCGCAUACUAAUGUGCAUAAAAAAGUACCGAUGAAUUACUAUGCUAUAGUUACAAAUUUCGAAAAUUACACCAAGAAAAGGAAAGAACCACGUGCAAUUUAUUUGAAUAGCAUGAAGACAGGUGUGAUAAUUGAUACAAUGUUUCCGCACAGUAAACGUAAGAAGCGCAGCAUCAUGGAUGCCUUACGGAGUGCAAAAACUAAAUGGCGUAAAGUGAAGCCCGUCGAUAUUUACGAAAAUAAUGAACAACCGGAAAACACUGACAAGUUAUUAAUCAUGGGUGGUAAUCAAGAGGGUGAUGAACGUUAUCCGAUCGGUGAUUCAUCUCAUCGGUCAUCAUCACCACGAUCUCCUUUGGCUGAACAAAUAUUCAAUGCGCCCAGAAGAACCCAACGAUCGAAGAGGGCCCCAUGCUCCGGAGAUGCUACAACUCCAAAGUCUGUAUCUACGACAGGCGCCUUUCCGGUCAAGUUUAGAGAUGAAGAUGAACCUAUAGAUGGCUUCAACUCGGGUAAAAGAGAGGUCGACAUUGAAACUGACAUGGAAGACGAAGAAGCAUUAUUGAAAGCCAUCAAGGACGAAGAAUUAAAGGACAUCACUAUUCUCACGGACAGUUGGAAUGCUGUUAAAGCUAGGAAAGGAAAUGAUAAACGAUUACCUACAGCGGGUGAAUUUGUACGAGAAGCUGUCUCCAGGGGGAUGCCGAUGACCAAGGCUUUAGAAAAAUGGCAAACAGUAUUACGAUUAAAUCGCAUGUGGGAAUCGCAUACUAAUGUGCAUAAAAAAGUACCAAUGAAUUACUACGCUAUAGUUACAAAUUUCGAAAAUUAUAUCAAUAAAAGGAAAGAACCACGUGCAAUUUAUUUGAAUGACAUGAAGACAGGUGUGAUGACAGAUUCAAAGUUUCCGGACAGUCAUCGUAAGAAGCGCAGCACCAUGGAUGCCUUACGGAGUUCAAAAACUGAAUGGCGUAACGUGAUGCCCGUCGAUUUUGACGAAAAUAUUGGACAACCGGAAAACAUUGCCAAGUUUUUAAUCAUGGGUGGUAAACGUGUAGGCGAUGAACACUAUCUGACCCACGAUACAUCUUAUCUAAAUAACGAAAAUAAAUCAGAUUCAAUGAUUAACAUUGCUAUCAAUGAAAGUCUGAUUUAUGGGUGCAUGUGGCUCGUUCGCAGAGACAAAAACAUAAUCGAAUACGCCGUACUCAUUGCCAAUAAUGCGCCAAAACCCUACCAGCCUUUGCUGAGCUUUGCACGAGAAGUAUGUGCGGAAAACAAGACUGUUGCCCCCAAUAGUGAUGUGAAAAGCCACACAAGUCCUCGUCCUCACCAACAGCGUUGGAUCACCGAAACUCGUAACAAUGUUAGUGAUCGUGUGCUGGUCUCGUGCCCUGUACUCCCUGGAACCGUGUUCUAUGGAAAAUUACCGCCCUCACCAGCUGCUCCUGUGGCUGUUGACGACGCUACUGCGUCCGUUGCAGGAGCUUCCAACGAGCCGUCGCCAGCCUACUGCGUCAGAUUGAUUUCGUCAGUAGAUGAUGUCGCGUCCGGCCGAGAAGGGUUCUCCGAUCGGAUGAAGUACACCGUGUCCGAGUGCAUCGAUCCAACAUCCCUGACUGGAAUUUCACCGCAACCGAUGAACACCCAAGUCACUAAUGAAG